AACGCAUGAAUGAACAUCAGUAUCUGUCGGUAGUUCGAUCGGUUAGAAAUCAGUGAAGUUUUAAACAACACGUAGUCAAAAUGAAACUGACUCUGGUUCUCCUGUUCGUCGGAUUGGUGUGCGCCGUUUACGCCCAGGAUGCCGCCAAGGAUGUUAAGGAUGCUGCGGGCAAGGCCAAGGCCGAUCUUCCUGAUGCCCCCAAGUUGGACAAGGAUGCUGUGACCACCCCGGAUCCUAAGGAUGCCCAGAAAAAGGUGGAUGAUGCCGCCGGGAAGGCCAAGGAUGCCGCAGCUAAAGCCAAGGAUGAUAUCUCCGGGCUGGGAAAGAAGCUGCAGGAUGGUUUUAAACUAUGAGUGAAGUGCAUCUUCAACAUAACGGUAGAAGAUUAAUAUAAAGUUAAAUUAUUGUGAUCAGUGAUGAAAUAAUAAAGCGUCUUCAUAAAAUUUCAUAAAUUUGAA